GCCCCCCCCCCCUUUCUCUUCGUUCGUAGUCGGACUCUUUUCGGCGAGGGAAUUGCGGUCCUUUACAAAAUAGGUUCCCCGUCGUUCGCCGGAGCGGCUGUUGAUAAUCGCCUUACGGUUGUUCCUCAGUGCAGCAUAAAAUGUCAGGGUUUAGUCCCGAAUUAAUUGAGUACCUGGAAGGGAAAAUCUCUUUCGAGGAGUUCGAGCGUCGCCGAGAGGAGCGCAAAAGCUGCGAAAGAAAGGGACAAAAUGUACUCAUUGAAGAAAAUGCAGAAGACUUUGAUGGACCCUCUACUUCUGGGCAAGGAAUGUGUACUGAAAUACAAGGACAUGUGGAAGCAGAAGAAGAGAUAUCAGAUGGUAUCAGUAAAUCUGUCCAUCGAGUUUUUGCUUCCAUGAUGGGAGAGAAUGAUGAUGAUGAAGAAGAAGAGGAGGAAGAUGAGGAGAUCUCUGAGCAACCUACAGCUGGCGAUGUUUUUGCACUAGAGAUGGUGCUUAAUAGAGAGACUAAGAAAAUGAUGAAGGAAAAACGUCCACGCAGUAAAUUGCCUCGUGCCCUGAGAGGCCUCAUGGGUGAAGCUAACAUUAGAUUUGCUCGAGGGGAACAUGAAGAAGCCAUUCUAAUGUGCAUGGAGAUCAUAAGACAAGCUCCACUUGCUUAUGAGCCAUUCUCCACUCUUGCUAUGAUUUAUGAAGACCAAGGAGAUAUGGAAAAAUCCUUGCAGUUUGAACUGAUUGCUGCUCACUUAAAUCCCAGUGACACAGAGGAGUGGGUCAGGCUAGCUGAAAUGUCACUUGAGCAAGACAAUAUUAAACAGGCUGUCUUUUGCUAUUCGAAAGCUCUGAAGUAUGAUGCUACUAACGUGCGUUACUUGUGGGAGAGAUCAAAUCUCUACAAACAGUUAGGGGAGCACAAACUGGCAAUGGAUGGCUACAGACGCAUUUUAAAUCUUCUGACUCCUUUUGAUGGUGAACGAUUUAUGCUUUUGGCAAGAGAUAUGGCCAAAAGUUAUUAUGAAGCAAAUGAUAUUACUGCUGCUAUUGAGAUAAUGGAAGAAGCUUUUAUGAAACAUCAAAGCCUUGUAUCCAUGGAAGACGUUAAUAUAGCUGCUGAGCUGUAUAUUUCCAACAAGCAGUAUGAUAAAGCAUUAGCAGUUAUUACAGAUUGUUCAGGAAUUGUACUCGAAAAGCAAGAAGCAGAAAAAGAUUCUUCAGCAGAUAAAAACGAAGCAAUGGAAAGUCAGGAAGAUCCAGGAACAACAAUUAAUCAGCAAGAAUAUGUGCCUGGAACCAAUUCUGCAUCUUCAGAAAAAAUUACAUGCUCUAUACCUGAUGGUGUUCCCAUUGAUAUCACUGUGAAACUCAUGGUGUGUUUGAUUCACCUGAAUAUCUUGGAGCCUCUCAAUUUCCUUUUGACUAUCUUAGUGGAGCAGAAUCCUGAGGAUAUGGGAGAUUUGUAUCUUGAUGUUGCAGAAGCAUUUCUUGAUGUUGGAGAAUACGAUUCGGCCCUCCCCCUCCUGAGUUCCCUGGUGUGCUCUGAAAGAUACAAUUUAGCUGUUGUUUGGCUCCGACAUGCAGAAUGCUUGAAAGCGCUGGGCUAUAUAGAUCGUGCUGCAGAGAGUUAUGCCAAAGUGGUUGACCUUACCCCUCUGCAUCUGGAUGCAAGGAUCUCGCUCUCUACCCUACAACAGCAAUUGGGCCGGCCUGAGAAAGCUCUAGAAGCACUUGAGCCCAUGUAUGAUCCGGAUACCCUGGCACAGGAUGCCAACGCUGCUCAGCAAGAAUUAAAAUUGCUGCUUCAUCGAUCAACAUUGCUGUUCUCUCAGGGCAACAUGUAUGGCUAUGUAGAUUCUUUGCUCACCAUGUUAGCCAUGCUGUUAAAGGUAGCCAUGAACAGAGCUCAGGUGUGUUUAAUAUCUAGCUCAAAAUCGGGAGAAAGACAUCUCUAUCUUAUAAAAGUUUCAAGAGAUAAAAUCUCUGAUAAUGAUGACCAAGAAACAACAAAGAAAGCUAUAUUUUUGGUGCUUACGAGUGUUCUGACAAAAGAGGAUUGGUGGAACCUUCUCCUUAAGGCAAUCUAUGCAUUGUGUGACCUUAUGCGAUACAAGGAGGCAGAACUGCUAGUGGACUCCUCAUUGGAAUAUUAUUCAUUCUAUGAUGAUCGGCAGAAGCGCAAAGAACUGGAAUACUUUGGUCUCUCGGCAGCAGUUUUAGACAAGAAUUUUAGAAAAGCUUAUAAUUAUAUCAGGAUAAUGGUAAUGGAACAUGUCAGUAAGCCUCAGCUUUGGAAUAUCUUUAACCAAAUCACCAUGCAUUCCCAAGAUGUCCGGCACCAUCGUUUCUGUCUACGAUUAUUGUUGAAGAACCCAGACAAUCAUGCACUGUGUGUUUUAAAUGGCCACAAUGCUUUUGUAUCCGGUUGUUUCAAGCAUGCCCUUGGGCAAUAUGUACAAGCAUUCCGUACUAACCCAGAUGAACCCCUGUACAGCCUUUGCAUAGGCUUGAUUUUCAUCCACAUGGCAUCUCAGAAAUAUGUUUUAAAAAGACAUGCCCUCAUAAUACAGGGGUUUUCAUUCCUGCAACGGUACCUGAGCCUUCGUGGUUCUUGUCAAGAAUCUUAUUACAACUUAGGACGUGCCCUUCAUCAACUGGGAUUAGUACAUCUUGCUAUUCACUAUUACAAAAAGGCCCUGGAAUUACCUCCAUUGGUCCUAGAGGGAAUAGAAGCUGACCAGACAGACUUACGAAAUGAUAUCGCUUUCAAUUUGUCGCUCAUUUAUCAGAGCAGUGGAAAUAUUCGAAUGGCUCGCAAACUGUUGUAUACAUAUGGAACUGUAUGAGGACAAAGUUAUACACGGUCACUGAGAUGAAUUCCUUUCCUUGAUUCUAUGGGGAGACUUGGAAGAGACUGAUGGAAGAAUGGUCAAGACAGAGACAUCAUGAAUGGACUCCAGCCUUUGAAUUAUAUAAUUCAACACUCCUUAAAACUGAAUGAGAAAUACAAGAAGACUUAAAACUUUCUCGAUAGAAGAAGUCUAAGAACUUUCUUGAUAGAGUUGAAGGUUGAGCUGUUUUCCUUUGGGAAACUUAAUCCUAACCGUCUAACCAAUGACCAAUUUGAAUCUGUACAGGAAUCAAGAACAUUCUCAGCUUUUUGAUACACAAACCUUAUUCCAGAAUAGUACUGACUCUUACUUACCUUUACAAUACCAAUGUUUAGGCCAAGGUUGGGAUUGUCAUGCCUCUUGUUCUAUUACAGUACAUGAUUGUUUAUAAGAAUUAUGAAUUCUUAGCAACUUCUUCUUCAUUUGGAAGAAAUAAAGACUCAGAUUGUUAUGCAUGUUUUUCUUAUUUAAAAAGGAGACAGAAGAGAAACUGUUUUACUGUUCAUUAAUUUCAGGAUAUGAUAAUAAAACAAAGGCAAAAAU